GGCCGCAUAAACACAACCACCGUCGCCGGAGCUUUGAUCUUCACCGACUGACCAACAUGUCUGUUUCCGAUGAGGAAGACGAGUGUUUCGCUCGAUUUCUCGAAUCAGAAGUCUCAUCGGUAGAGGAUAAAGAAGAAACGAAAGAACCUGAAGCAAAACGGCAACGUAUUGAGAAAGCCGAAACAAAGGCUCUAGAGAAGGAUGAUGAGGAUCAAAAGGAAGAUGGUAACAAAGAUAGAACUGGUGAAAAGAGAAUAGAGAGUGGAGUUUUCAGUAAUGUUCCUACUGAGCUGUUUCGUCAUAUCCUCAAGUUCUUAUCUUCUGAGGAUCUUGUAUCAUGCUCCUUGGUGUGUAAAUUUCUUAAUUUUGCUGCGGCUGAUGAAUCCUUAUGGCGUCGCCUCUACUGUAUCCGGUGGGGUCUAACUCCUCCAACAAGAAAGUUACGUGAAAGUGCUUGGAAGAAGCUUUAUAUUGAUCGUGAUGAGCAGGACAUGAUUGAACUUGUUAGAACCUGUCCGUCGGAUUUUAAAGAGUAUUACAUGCAAAUGCAAGCAGCAAAGAGAAGCCAAGCACCUCUUCCGUCCCAGAUGGUGGAUGACCGGAUAAUUCUAGACAAAACUGUACUUGAACAAGUAUCUCUGUGGAAGAAAAGCAAAGGACUUACUGAUAAGGCUGUCACUGGCCAUAUUUGUUUGGGAACCAAAUGUUCAUACCAUCAGAUUGACGACGUGUUCAUAUGCAAAGAGACGGGAAAUGUUCAUGUAUGCGAUGAUAACUGCAAGGAAGUAAUACUGAGUCCAGAGGAAGACCUCAUGGUGUGUACUAUCUCAGGACUUUGUUCUGAUACUUUGCUUGUACAAACCGAUCCAGACGCAGAUGGGUGUUAUGAGGAAGAAGCUGAACUAGAUGCUGAAGUAUUCACGGAUAAAAGUCGAUUGGCAAGAGCUUUUGAACUUGGCUACAACUGUGAUGAUGAGCAGGAAUUGGAACGUACCCUGAGGUUCUGCUGAGCAAAAGUCUCAGCCUUUUGUCCAUUCUCAUAAGGCCUACUUUCUGUAAGGUCUUAUCUCUCUCUCUCUCUCACCUGAUUCUGCUUGUGUUCUAUGGAUGGAGUUCAAUGAAUCAAAUGUAGCUCUUGUUUUUAAUAGUCAGCUUUGUAACUUAUACAUAUUAUCAAUGUCUGUGAUUUACUCUAUUGUCCUUAAAAAGUGUUACACCUAGUAAUUAAGUUCCAACUUUAUC